AUGUCAAUAAAAGUCUCAUCUUACUCUCAGUUCUUUCACAAACACUACAUUCAUUGGUCGAUAGACUCCAACAAUCAAAAGCCAAUAGCAAAGAAUAAACCGAGUGGUGCUGUUACACGUUCGUCAAGUGCUUCACCCAAACGAAAAGUUCGUGAAAAAAGUGCCUCAACAAAACGUACCGCUCGGUCUAAAAGCACCAGUGUGCGUUCAGAGGUCGAUGUUUUAUCACCGGCAGCUGUGAUCAAUGCUUAUUACACCAGCCACGAUGUGACGGAUUGCUUAGUGGCACGUGGUUUCCCCUGGGAUGGAGCAAAGAAGGGUCGGAAAAAGAAGAAGAAGAAAUCGUGA